AUUAUUGAUGUGCGACGAGGAGAAAAUGGCGGCGGCCAUGGUGCAAAUGGCCUGCUUAUACCGUGGGAUGUUAGCGGUGAGAGCUGCGGGGAUUCGACCCCUUAUACCUGGACUUGUGCCGAAUCAGCUUAGGGCUUUUUCUGUGACAAAGGAGCCGGAAUUAGAGGAAAACCCGUAUUAUAGUAAAUAUGAAGAGAAGAUCAGAAAACUGCGGAGCACCAAACCUCAAGAAUUCAAAGCCCGCCUGGAGAAGUGCAGUGAGAUAAAGAAGGAACCUGUUGGACACUCGAAACAAGCUGACUUCAUUAAACUGAUGGAGCAGGAGAAAGAUAAGGAAAACAAAACUGGAUCUGGAGGUUUUACCAAAAACAAGACAUUAGAUUCAAUCCUCAACCUUGACAUGGUGAAGGACAAGUCUGGUCCUGAAAUUGGAGAGCUUUGGAUGAACUACUUCUCAACAAAAGACACAAUCAGCGCUGUCAUACCAGGCUCAACCUUUGAGAAGAUCAUCAACCAUGCCAAGUUGUGCCCAACGUUUCUGUACGCUCUGCCCCGGAAAGAAGGAUACGAAUUCUUUCUGGGUCAAUGGGCUGGUCCGGAGCUACACUUCACCUCCCUCAUCAAUGUUCAGACUAUGGGAGAAAACGCUCCCAGCCAGCUGAUUCUGUACCACUACUCAGACCUGAAGCAGGACAAGGACAUCGUGCUCAUGACUGCUGAAAUGGAUAGCAAGUUUGUUACGGUUCACGAAGCCCAAUGCUUAGCCAAUCAGGUGCAAUUAUUCUAUGCAGCUCAGAGACAUGAGACUUUUCAACUAGUAGAGACGUUCAACCACAGACCAGCGGAGUUUAAACACAUGGCUGUGAUCACAGAGCUCGAGCAGAGCGGGGUAGGACAGACUGUCACUGCAAAGUAACACCCUGUCCUGUGGGAUCGAGGCUGGAGGAGUCAUGCAUAAAGGAUCGGAAGGACACAUGGAGGGAGCACUCUGGUGUUGAUCUGACUGUACUAGCCCUCAGUGCUAUCGUCUUACAACCCCACCUAAUUACUGCAUCAAUAUAAUAGACAGAUUUGAUGUACACAAGCUCUGUGUUGCCUUCACUAGCUCAAUUCCCCUUA